AUGUCCAAAACCAAGAAAGAGGAGUACGAGCGGUUAAAGAACCUGAUUCACCAGUGGAAUAUAGACCACUAUGAUAUUUUUGAACUGACCCAGCCCAACGAGAACUUGGAGUUUCAUGGCGUGGUGAGGUUCUUCUUCCAGGGAGGUAUCGGCGCCAACGUCAUCACCAAAUGUAUCCGGGUGUCCAGCACAGCCACCACCAGAGAGGUCAUCGAUGUUUUGAUCGAGAAGUUCCGCCCAGACAUGCGCAUGCUCUCUCAGAACAAAUAUGCAUUGUACGAAGUUCAUGUCAAUGGAGAGGAGCGAAGGUUGGCAGACGACGAGAAGCCGCUGUAUGUGCAGCUGAACUGGGGCAGUGAUGUGCGGGAAGGCAGGUUCCUCCUGAGAAAUGAAGACCACCCCACAGUCAGGACCAGAGUGGCUUCAAGAGAAAGCUUUCUAAGAGAGAGAAGAAAGAAAUCAAGAAAAAAGGAGAGAGAGAAAGGGAAGGAGAAUGUCAAUGGAGAGGAGAGUGUGGCUAACAAAUUGUAUGAGGAAGCCCCAGAGACCAGCUUCACCAGGAGUAUCUCUAACCCUGAAGCGGUGAUGAGGAGGAGGCGGCAGCAGAAGCUGGAGAAGAAGCUGGCAGAGAUGAAUGCGACAGAGGGUGGAGCUGACAGUGGUGAGUCUUCUGAUUGUGGUACCUUAAAGAUCUAUGGGGAGUCCUUGUGCCCAGAUGUUCCCUACAAGACACUGUUUCUCUCUACGGCAGACCCAGCUUCGGCUGUGGUCAGGGAGUCUUUGGAGAAGUAUGGCCUGGAGAAAGAGGAUCCUUACAAUUACUGCCUGGUUGAGGUAAGUUGGCUCAUUGUGUUGUUGCCCUCUGGUGGGCUGGAGUACCAUGGAGAGGCCAGAGGAGAUGAGAGGGUGCUGGACGACAAUGAGUGUCCACUGGCUAUUGUCAUGCAGCAUGCCAAGCACAGAGGGCACAUCAUUUUCCAGCUGCGCAAAAGAACAGAUGACUCGAAACGGAGGCAGAAGCAAAGAUCAGUUUCUCAUGAGGACCUGCGGGCUCAUCCCAGUGACCAGCGACAUACAAACUUGGACAUGCUGCCAUACUUAAUUGAAAUGAAUGUCAGAGUUAAUGUCAUGUCACUUGCGGUCUUCAGGAAAUGGAUAUUUUCUGUUGCAGGAAAGCCCAAGCGUCAUGUGCUGCCACUGAAUGUCACAGAGGUCGUCAAUGUCACUGAGGUUGCCAACAAUAAACCAGAUUACAACGGCAAACAUUUUCUCCAGCUGUCUGGAUCAGACAUUCGACCCAGACAUUGCGUGAUAGCACACACAGAUGGGAUCGUCACAGUGACACCAAACAGCCAGAACGCAGAAACCUACGUGGAGAGGCAGAGAAUCUACGAGACCACCAUGUUGAAACAUGGCAUGACUGUCCAGUUUGGCAAGGACAAAGUGUACAAGUUUCUGGACCCAAGAUUUGAUGAGGUACCUGUCUUAUCUAACA